UCCCGUGUACUGCAAACCACAUCACGCACACUUCCACCACCACCACCGCGGCACGUACGUUUGCGAUCAAAAGAAAGUCGAGCCAUAUGGCGAAGGCCGCAGCGAUGCUCGUGCUGGUGGCGCUGGUGGCGGCGGCGAUGGCAACGGGCGGAGCGGCGCAGUGCAACGCCGGGAACCUGGCGGUGUGCGCCUCCCCGAUCGUCAGCGGGACCCCGCCGUCCAAGACGUGCUGCAACAACCUAAAGAGUCAGCGGGGGUGCUUCUGCCAGUUCGCGCACAACCGCGCGUACUCCAGCUACAUCAACAGCCCCAACGCCCGCAAGACCCUCGUCAGCUGCGGCGUCCCCGUACCGAAGUGCUAGGAGCCGGGCCUCCGCCGCCGCCGCCGGCGGCGUGCUAGGCAGCGCCACGCCGCCUAUGCUACUACUACGUAACGUACUACCACGUACGAGCUCCUACCAUGGCUACUGGUACGACGUCCGUCGAGCAGCUCCGUGCGAACCGUGUGUUUCAUGUAUCUUUUUUUUUCUCGAGUACAAUCGUGUGUUCAUGUAUCGUGCGCAAGAAUAAAAUGGUGUGUACGUGUUUGAUCCA